GCGGGUAUGUUUCCAUCAUGGCGGCGUCGAUUUCGGGUUAUACUUUUAGUUCUGUGUGUUAUCACAGCGCUAACAGCAACUCCGACCAUGAGGGAUUCCUGUUGGGAGAAGUGAGGCAAGAGGAGACUUUAAGUAUAAGUGACUCUCAGAUUAGUACAUCAGAAUUCCUGCACAUAGUAGAAGUCCAUAACCAUGAACCAUGUGCCCAGCUCUUUAGCUUUUAUGACUACGCAGGUAAAGUCAAUGAAGAAAAUCUCAACCGAAUCCUCAAAGACAGGAGAAAAAAUGUUAUUGGCUGGUACCGGUUCCGCAGGAACACGCAACAGCAGAUGUCGUUUAGGGAACAGGUGAUCCAUAAGCAGCUCACACACUUACUGGGCAUCCCAGAUCUCGUCUUCCUUCUCUUCAGCUUCAUCUCCACAGCCAACAGUUCAACACAUGCACUAGAGUACGUUCUUUUCAGGCCCAAUAGAAGCAGGUAUAAUCAGAGAAUAUCUCUGAGCAUCCCAAACCUAGGCAACACCAGUCAGCAGGAGUAUAAAGUGUCUUCUGUUCCCAACACCUCCAAGAACUACGCCAGUGUUAUUAAAGAACAUGGAGCUGAGUUUUUUGACAAGGAUGGUGUGAUGAAAGACAUUCGAGCCAUUUUCCAGGUGUACAGUGCCCUUCAGGAGAAAGUGCAGGCUGUUUGUGCGGAGGUGGAUCAAAGCGAACGAGUGAAGGAGAAAAUCCAGGAAGAAGUUAAAAAGCUUAAAGAUGAGAUUGCACUCAGAAAACGUAGCACCACUGCAGAAGGGAGGAGUACGUGUUUCAGCAGCAACCAAGAGGCUCUGAACUCUGACGUCCACACACUGCAGGAUGACUCGAUUGUGUCUGAUUCAUCCCCUCCCUCACUGACACGCGUUGCUCUCCAGAGCCCUCCACUGGAACCAAGCCUGGAUUGGCAUGCAAACUCAGAGCCUGCUGCACUUUACACCAGUGAGCUGGCACCCGACCCACCCAGUGCGAUCCUGCUGCCACGCCCCCAGGCCGUGGGCUCACCUGGACAUCCCUCGCCCAGUCCAGGCAUAGGCAUGGGAAAUGGCGACGGCUCCAGCUCCGACUCUCUAAACCGGCACACUAUUGGCCAGGAGGACCAUGACGACGAGGAUGAGGACAGUAGUGAAUAUGAGAACUUAGUUAGCGAGCAGUUUCAAUCACCUCAUUUGACUGAAUCUUUAGGACGGCCGGCCACACUCUGGCCUGACGGGGACGCUCAUAGCUCUAGUGGUUCAUCCUGAUCCAGCACCCAAAAUUAGGGGAGAAACAGACAGCGCCAGGAAUUAUAGGGAAAUCGAGAGAGAAAGAAAGACAGGGCUGAGGAAGAAUGGCAAGUAACCACUAUAUCUUUGCUGCAGGACAGCAGCAGGUCAUUUUGACCAAGUAAAACUGCUCGCUCUCCCUCUCUCUCUCUCUUUCUCUCUCUCUCUCUCUCCUCCUCCUGUCUUAAUUUCUCUCUCUUUUUCUCUUUCUCAUUUCCUCUGUUCUCCCUGAGAGGAGAGACCCAUCCCACUUAUCAGUUACUUAUAAGCACUGCUACCAACCAUGAUCAUGCGAUUAUUAGUAUUUACCUUGCACUAUUUUGACCUUUUCUCAAUCCGCAUUCAAGUAGAUAAAACAAAGGAAAUGAUUUCUUCUGCGGCCUUCAAACUCAUCUUCGUAUGACCUUUCUUGCCACAGUCAACUGUUGUUCAGUUUGACUUCACAAAUCUGACUGAUUUUAUCCCCAGUUCAUGAACUUUUGCUCAACAAUUAUUUUGGCCUAUUUAUGGAAGUUACCAAAAAGGACACUGUGGCCAUUUAUGUUACUUUGAUUAGGGGUGCUUAUAUUACUUUUACAAAAUACAAAUUAAUAACACAAUUUGAUUUGAUUUAAAAAGAAAACCUCUCCCUAAAUGAACAGAUAUUUUGUGUUGAUCUGCACUUUUCAUUGUACUUUAUAAGAAUCCUCUCAGUCAUAUGGUUGGAGUAAACAUCUCUCUUCCAUGCCACUGAA